ACAACCAAUCGUAAUCGAGCGUCUUCGAAAACAUAAGAUAAGUUGACGAUAAUCAUUUUCCAUAUCAGUCAUCAAUCAUGAAGCAUUAGGUGAUUUUUGUAAAACUGUAUCAAUCAUACGCAUUUUUAAACACUACAGAAAAGAAGAAAGGAAGAAACGCACAUUUUUAUCUCUUAAAUUAUUUUAAGGUAUCGUUUGAUAUUGUUCAUAUUUUUAAUAUUUAUCCAUGUGUCCUUGGCAAUUCCUACACAUUCUUGGUAUUAUUAUGAAGCGGAAUAUAAGAUAUCGAUUGAAGUCUUGUUGAGAUUACACAAAAGUAAUAUAUAGUUUAGUUAAGAGCAUAACACUUUUUUCUUCCCACAAUACAAUAAAUUUAUGUUCAAUAACAAUAAGGAAAAUAAUACAAUAAAUAAAUAAAUCCCAAUUUCUUGUGCUAUAAAAAGUUUUUAUUUCAUCUUUAUCUAAAUUUAUAUUCCUUAUAUUUAUUCUUACAGACAUUCCAAUUUUACAUUUCCAAGAAAGUACUUCUGACAAAUCAAUCAAAAAUGGAACAGAUUUGUGCAGUUUUUGUUGUAGCAGCUGCACUUAAUAAAUACUUUAUUUUCCAAGUUUCUUAAUAAUAGAAAUAGUUAUUAGUCAAAGAGUUGCUUAUAUAUAAUGUCGUGACAAAUACCAAGGAUAACUUUUCAAAAUGCCAAGAAAAUGUUCAGUUCCUACAUUAGAAGAGCAGGCACUAGCAAGUGCUACAAAAUUAAUGUUUGAUUCCACUAAAAAUAUGGCAAUUUAAAGUGCAUUGGCAUAAUGGAUAUGGUGGAUCCACAACUUUCAAAGCUAAGAUGAUAAUGUUAAGAUGAUAGUAAUAUGAUGCAACAAAUAAAGGAAUUAGUAAAUUCUAUUUUGUCACCACAUUUGCCACAUAAAAUAUCAUUGCAGUGUUUCAUGGCAACAACAUACAAUAUGUACAGUAAUAGAGAUAUUAAUUGUUUUUUUAAUUAUAAAUUGUUGAUAGUGAAACUAGCAGAAGCAAUUUUUGAUGCAAGAAACGUGAAAGUUACAUCAUCUUGGACCUCAUAUACUAUUUCUGCACAAUAUGUUCUAUUUAAACAUUUAUCCUAUAUGUAUCAGUUACAGGUUUUAGAUAUGACUGACACUUGUGUCAAAGAUCAUCGAUCCUUACUUUGUUGAAAUCUUAAAAAAGGGACUAGGUAAUAUGCCGAAUUUAGAGGAAUUUACUUUACACUACUUUUGCACAGAUAAUAUUAUAAGAACAAUUGCAUUCAGCUGUAAAAUGAUACGGAUCAUAAAUGUCCAUUGGUCCAAGGGAGUAACAAAUGCAUGCAUUUCUGAUUUACUUUUGUGUAUAAAUUUAAAGAAUAUCAGUCUUUGGGAGACUGAUGUAAACAAAUUUGGUUAUAAAAAUUAUUUAUGAAACAUCCAUGCUUAGAGAGUAUUAACCUCCUUUAUUUGUUAAUUGUUGGUGAUGAGACAGAUGUAAGUCACAACAUUGGAAGCGUAACAGUAACUUGUUUAGAUCGUUAUUUACGGGAAAAGAAGGAUAUUAGUAAUAUUAAUAUGGAGAACUUGCGUGAAUUUAAGAUACGUCCGAAUAUCUUUCGUCUCACUAUACCUUAUAAUAUUAGUGGUAAAGCUCUAAGGAUUUUACCUUUAUUUCCUAAUGUGAAAGAUGUACAAAUUAUUUGUUAUAAUUUCUAUAAUAAUUAUACAUUGUAUGAUGUAUUGAAAGUCAAAGGUUCCACGAUUAACAGUUUAUUUUUCACAUAUGGAACAAUUGAUUUAAAUUCACUUAUUGAUAUAAGUCAAUUUUGUCCUAACAUAGAAAGCCUAAGUUUUCAUGGUUGUGAAUUUUUUUACAAUGAGGCAGAAAAUGAAGUUUUUAGAAAGUUUAAAGUUACAACUUCAUUGCAAUUAGUAAAAAGACUCGUAAUAAUUAAUCGAUUUAACAAUAUAUCUACAUCUUCCAAUGAUAAACUUUUCAAAUUUUUAAUUUCCUAUUGUAUAAAUAUUAAGUCUAUAUAUUUAUAUAUAUUUCCUUCGAAUCUAGACGAUAAAACAAUAGCAGAUAUUCUUUUGUUAAAUCCAAUGAAACAAUUAGAAGCAUUAUCGAUAGAGACAGGUCGCUAUUUAUCUAUGUCCACCGCAAAGUUGUUAGUGAAACAUUGUGAUAAUUUGCGAUAUCUACCAUGUUCCAAAUGGAAUAUACAUCCUGAACAACUAAACAUUUUCAAUGCAAGCUUGAAGAUUAAGAAUAUAGAUUUAAGAAUUUUUGAUGAAGUUGAACAUUAUAUGCUUUAUACAGAACAUUAUAUGUAAAAGUGAACAUUUACUAUACUCGUAGUCCUCGAACAUUCUUCUAAGGAACAAUUAAUUUAUGGAAACAUAUAGUAUUGAGAUAGUAAUUUCUAUAAUAGUCAUAAAUGAUUAUUAAGAAUUUAUAUUGUUUUAUUAUAUAUACAUUUUGUGAUUUUGUUAAAUAUGGUUAAAGAUUUGUCUUAAGUUAUCUUAAUCUUUUUUAUGUAUUUCAAAACAGAUGAAUUGCGUAAUAAUGUAGAGAAAUAGUGCAUUUUAAAUACUGUCCAUUCUUAAUGUAUAUUUUCUCAUAGUUGUUAAAUUUAGCUUUCCUUCUUACUACGAUUUGUACCCAAUAAUUUAAUUCUCCAUUUCUUAUUUUAUUUUUUCUAUUUAAUUAUAUUUUUCAAAAUCAAAUUUUUUAUGCACAACUUAUACAAAUAUCUUUUUUUUAAAUAAAGCAUAUGCAAAAACAAACAAGUGUUUUUCUUCAAAUAAUUAUUCUUUUUUAAUAUAAUCAUAGCAUGCUUCAACACUACACGUAAUACUCUAUAAAAUUUGAGAGACGUCUAGCUCAACAGGAACGAUAAGUGAAUAAAGUGAAACGCAAAGAAGAAAAUUAUCGAUGUAAGCAUAAAUUCGUACCUGAUUCCAUCUUUUGUGUUUUUAAUUUGUAAAUGUAAAUAAGAGGUAAUAAGGAAAGAGAUAUAAUUAUUACACAAUCA